UGUACCUUUGCAAAGGAUCCAAUUAGUAAAAAGAUGUCUCGUUCAAUUGCAUUUCUCGAGAUCGCUUCGUUGCCAACUGUGAGGGUUGGUUCUGAAUCCACGUAGGAUGCCAUGGUAACAAAGCGCUUGAAUUGUCGCUACAGUCCAGGUUUUGCUCAAAGAUACAACGAAGUCACUCCGGCUACCGACUGAAAAUUACAGAAAGCGCUGUUGGACUGCGCUCUUUUACGCUGUUAUAUCAUUCUCGACUACGAGCAUGCUAUGGCCGAUUCGCAAUCCCAAUUAGACGAUGUUGAACACGAAAUCGACCUAAUUGAUAUUGAAAUAUCUUUGUUGAAGGAGAAAAGGACUAAAUUAAUAUCACGUCGAAACCAUUUACGAUCGAAGGUUGGAGCUGUAUCGGAUCUUCAACACCACCAACAGCACACUGCUUUGCCUGACUACAACUCUACAGCGUUUCCAUGGUACCCACAGUUGAAAGAGGCGUCAAAUAAAUAUUUCAAAAUCAAUGAUUUUAGGCCGCUACAGCUACCUAUCAUGAAUGCCGCCAUGGAUCGUCAACGCGAUCUUUUCAUUGUCCUGCCAACUGGGGGAGGCAAAUCAUUAUGCUAUCAACUACCAGCUGUCUUGGAGCAAGGUGUUACUGUAGUUGUCAGUCCUUUAAUUAGUCUUAUUCAAGAUCAGUGCUUUCAUUUGGAUGAGGCUGGAGUAGAUGCAGGAUACCUCAUCGGUGCGUCAACCAAGGAAGAAGUGGCCCAAGUCACAGCUCGCCUAAUGUCAGGUUCGCUCAAACUGAUCUAUGUGACUCCUGAAAAGAUUGCCAAAAGCAAAAGGUUUAUGGCAAAGCUGGGUAAACUUUAUGAAAAGGGAAAUUUGGCUCGAAUUGUCAUCGAUGAGGCUCAUUGCUGCUCUGUCGUGGGUCAUGACUUUCGACCAGACUACAAAAAGCUCAAUGUGCUGAGGACUGUCUUCCCUAAAACUCCAAUAAUGGCUUUGACGGCGACCUGCUCAGCGACGGUAAUGACAGACGUUAUGAACAUACUUGGAAUGCCAAAAAUUACAGAUUCAACAAAAGGCACACUUUUAUUCUCUGCACCCUUACAUCGGCCGAAUUUGAAAUACCAAGUUCUUCCCAAAGCGGAUAAGGCAGAUCAAGUCAUUACGGACAUUGUCGCUUGGAUACAGAAUUACCACCCUGGUGAAUCUGGUAUUAUCUAUUGUCUAUCCAAGAAAGACACACAUGCUGUAUGUGAAGGUAUCAUGAAGGAGAGCAAUGGUCGCAUCAAAGGCGGCGUGUAUCAUUCGGACUUAUUUGAGGAUGAUAAAGAGAGGAUACAUACGUUAUGGCGGAAAAACGAACUGCAUGUUAUAGUGGCCACCAUAGCCUUUGGCUUAGGUAUCAAUCAUCCUAACUGCCGAUUCAUCAUACACCAUUCUAUGUCUAAAUCUGUUGAAGGAUACUAUCAAGAGAGCGGGAGAGCUGGCCGCGAUGGUUUACCGGCUGAUUGUAUAGCUUUGUAUCGAGGACAAGAUGCCAUACGCCUUACCACACUGGUAGUUGGAGAUCUGAAUGGAAAGGACAAUGUGUAUGGUAUGAUACGCUAUGCGCAAGAUUAUCGAACAUGUCGAAAAAUUUUCUUUGAAUCGUACUUCUCCAACGAUCCUACUGUAUCAUCUUCUGAAUAUUCCGGUCAAUUACUGAACACCACCUCAAUGGAUCAGCCCUGCGAGCUAUGUGAUAAUUGCCGAAGGGGAAAAGGUGAUGGUCACUCCGUCGUUUCCAAAGAUAUUACACUGGAAGCCAUGACGGCAGUCAAAAUUGCGAACGCGGCACAAACGAGUUCUGAAGAAAGAGUGACCAUGGUGAAGAUGGUUAAUUAUAUGAGAGGCAGAGGGCUUAAAAAGGGUGGACUUGAGGAGCUUUUCAAAAGCAACGAUGUAGAGGCAGCGCCAAAAAAGAAAUGGACAGAUGCCGAAUUGGAAAUGAUGAUAAACUAUCUAUUGACUGAACAAUAUCUUUGGGAAGACUUUCACUUUACACCUUAUAGCUCCAUAUCCUAUCUCAAACCCGGGCCAUUGGCAAGGCGUUUGUCAUCGUUGAGGAAAAGUGACCUUCAAGGCGAUAGGCAACCAAUACAGAUCAUGAUGGACUUUUUGGUGGAUGAAAGUGCCGAAGCAAACCUUCCACGACCAGCAAAGAGAAAAAGAAUAUCAAAGGCCACCACCCCUCAAGUUCCCCAUAUCGACAGCUAUGACGAUGAUGAAAUUGAAAUCGACUUGUCUAUUUACAAUGAAAUAUCAGAUGCUGAAGAUACGUCAGAAGCGCGAUCAACACCACCAGCGCCAAGAGAGAUUAUUGACUUGGAUGAUUAAAUCAAGAGUCUCCCUUCACCACAAAGACAUCCAUCCCAUCGCAUAUUGUAAUUAUAAAGAAAAAGUAACUUUUAUUGUUGAAUAUAGAACAAAUACCUAAUGAAGUGAGAAUGAAGUGUGAGUAAAAUGAGAUCAUCAUCCGUGUAAAAUGUGAUAUGUGUAUAUUUGGCUUCAAAAUGAGUAUGCUUUGCACUGAUAUCAAAGCACAAAGUAGAAAGAAACCAUUUGUUCUUGUUUGUGAAAAAAAUUGUCACAUUCCAUAGUGAAUAGGAAAGCGGCAGAGUGUAUCAAACUUGGUGAUGGGAAGGGGAUUUGAAAAAGAAUUCAUGAAUGAAUCUUACCUUUAUGUAAACGAGUAAAGUAUGUGCUGAAACUGGUAGAGGAAA